AUGGCUCGAGAAAUCGCAAAGCUAGAAUUCCAGCCGACGAACCAGGAACUGCAACAGCAGAUUCAACAGAUGCGACAGCAGAUACUGCAAAUCCAACAGCAGAUGAUGCAGCAGUUGCAACAGCAGAUGAAUUUUAACUUCGUGUCUUUCACAUAUUAUACAUCUGCAAAAUUGCACAACGCACUCUUGCAAACAGAUAACGGCAUCCUCACUCCUCUCGUCAAUCCAGCUGAGAAUAUCCUGGCUCCAAACUUCCCCGAAACAUCUGCGGAACUUAAGAAUUUGAGCUGGCCACUGAAGAAGGCCUUCGGUGUAAGCUUAGGCUUGCAAGACCCUGGUCAAGGGGUGACAGUGGUUGAAAAGAAGGCGUUCUUACAACGAAUACGCUUUACUAUCGGCCUAAGGCCACGGCCGGCAUGA